CACAGGCGCCGGCGGUUGGCCUCUGGGACCUGUCGAUCGGCGCCGUCGCUCUGCCAUUGGCUGGUGGCGCUAGAGGCGCGCAUUGGCGCCCUCCCGGCGCGUUGAGAGCUCGGCCGGUGACUGGGCGAUCUCAGGUGAAGUAUAGUUGACUUGCAACAUUGGUUUCGGGUGUACAGCGUAUGGGUUUGACGUUUAUGUACAUUAGGGAGCCAUCUCCGCAGUGAGUCUGGUCGCCACCUGUCACCUCUCAACACCGUUGCUGUGUUGCCGUGUGCUUCCGGGACCUAGAGACGCUGGUCAGUUUCCUUGGUGUUUCGGUGGACAGCGGUCCCGCUGGCUCUCUAGCUCCUCAUGGAGCAUGGGGGUUCGACGGCCUCCACGGAGGACCACCCGGGCCCGGGCCGGAGGCCCUCCCUGCCAGUGCCCCCAGAGGGCCCCGCCGCGCCUUCCGCCUCGGAGCCCGGCAGGUCCGGGUCCUCAGCCCACAGACACUCGAGCAGGAGGACCGGGCUGUCGAAGCUCUGCCAGAGCCGUAUUGCACUGUCGGAGGAGAGGUGGAGCUCCUACUGCCUGUCGUCACUGGCCGCCCAAAACAUCUGCAGGAGCAAGUUGCACUGCUCGGCCACGCCCGGGCAGGCGGACCUCACGGGGUCCCUGGGCAGCAUGUCCUGCUGCUCCCUGCUGCGGGGCUUGUGCCCAGGGUGGUCCAUGCCUCUGCUCCCGGCCCCUGUGUGCAACCCCAACAAGGCCGUGUUCACCGUGGAUGCCAAGACCACAGAGAUCCUGGUGGCCAACGACAGGGCCUGCCGGCUCCUGGGCCACAGCAGCCAUGACCUGAUCGGCCAGAAGCUCACGCAGUUCUUCCUGAAGCCGGACCCCGACGUGGUGCAGGCCCUCAGCGAGGAGCACGUGGAGGCUGACGGGCACGCCGCCGUCGCGUUUGGCACCGUGGUGGACGUUGUGAGCCGCGGCGGGGAGAGGAUCCCGGUCUCCGUGUGGAUGAAGAGGGUGAAGCAGGAGCGCAGCCUCUGCUGCGUGGUCGUGCUGGAGCCUGUGGAGCGGGUCUCAGCCUGGGUGGCGUUCCGGAGCGACGGCACCGUGACGUCCUGCGACGGGCUCUUCGCGCACCUGCAUGGCUUCGCGUCUGCGGAGGAGGUGGUUGGGCAGCGCAUCACAGACCUCAUCCCUUCCCUGCAGCUCCCCUCUCCUGGCGAGCACGUCCCCAUGCACCUCAAGAUUCAGAGAUCCGUUGGAAGAGCCAGGGAUGGCACCACCUUCCCUGUGAGCCUGAAGCUAAAGUCCCAGCCGGGCAGCGAGGAGGCUGCAGAUGGCGAGGCGGCCCCUGGCGGGGGCUACUCAGCAUCCAUCUGGGUGUUCUCCACCAUCAGCGGGCUCAUCACGCUCCUGCCAGACGGGACCAUAUACGGCAUCAACCACAGCUUUGCCCUCAUGCUGUUUGGUUACGGAAAGGCUGAGCUCCUGGGCAAGAACAUCACCUUCCUGAUUCCCGGUUUCUACCACCACAUGGACCUUGCCUACGACAGCUCCUUCCCUCUGCGGGACCUGGCCAGCUGCCUGGACGCUGGCAGCCAGAGUGGGCCUGGGGUCAGCAUGGGGGACGAGCCUGCGGGCACAGCCCAGGAUGCAAAGGUGGACACCGAGACCCCAAAGCCAGCGGAGAGCCAGGACACAUGCCCCACGGCCCCCGGGGGCUCCCUCCCCGCCUGCCCGCCGGGGGGGGACAGCAUCCCAGGAGGAAGCCAGUCACCGCCAGAGCACCCGCGAGACGUGCCCGAGGGAGGCCCAUCCGCCCACAACGGCUCAUCGUCACCCGAGGGCCAGCGGCACUCCGUCUCAGAGCAAGAGCAGCCGGUGACAGAGGAGCACGUCAGCCGGGGCCUUCAGCCGGGGAGUCGAUCUCAGCUGGGGGACACGAAGCCGUCUGCUUCCCAGGAAGACUCCGCAGCCGCCAUCCCCGGUGCAGACGGGAGCGCUGGGGAUGAGACACACGGCCCAUGUCAGGAGGCGCGGGCGGGGCGGGGCGGCACCAGCGAUUCAGGCCAGGGCCCUGACGCUGCCACGGCCGCACCCCACACCGAGGGUCAUCUGGCCGGGCAGGACUCCCAGGGGGAGCAGAGCGUGCUGCCAGGAAGCCCGCGCUCGGCCCCCAGCGCCCCGGGGACGCUGCAGCUCUUGUUCUCGACGCCGCCUUUGGACGAGCCCUGGCUGGGGGCGCAGCAGGACAGGGAGGAGCUGCAUACGUGCCUGAUAAAGGAGCAGCUGUCCGCCUUGAGCCUCGCGGGGCCGUGGGGCGUCUCCUACGCCGAGCUGGUCCUGACAGGGCAGCCCCCGCCCCCUGCCCCUGCGUCCUUGUCAGACCUGAGAGCCACAGACCCACGGGGCGGCCGCUCGGGCAGCUCCUCGGCUUGCUACGCCCUGGCCACGGACCUGCCCGGCGCCCUUGAGGCUGUGGAGGUCCCGGAGGCUAGCGAGAAUUCAUUUUCCUGGAACCUCAAGGAGCUUGUUUUCAGGGACUGGACAGACCGAACUUCUUCCAACUGUUCAUGCGCCACGUCUGAACUCGGGGGCACACCCUCACCUUCGCUGGUGGGCUCGGACGCAGACGUGGGUGUCCUGCCCAGGCAGCGGUCAGACGUGCUGGACGACCGGGAGCUGCUGCUGCUGACCGGCACCUGUGUUGAUCUGGGUGGGGGCCGGCGCUUCCGUGAGAGCUGCCUGGGCCUGGAGGAGACAGAGCUGUCCCAGACCUGCCUGGUGUCCUCCGAGCACCAGGACGUGAACGGCCCCGACAGCCCGAGCAGCGUCCCCCCCAUGCCGGGAGCCGGCCCCGAGGACGAGUGCCCAUUGGAGGCACCUGGGCUGAGCUUCCAGGUCACCUCCACGCCCGUGAGAGCCGAGGGCCCCAGCCCUGCACCCCUCAGGGCAGCUGACCUGCAGCCGGAGAUCCAGGAGGGCACCUACAUGGGGAGCUGCUACCACCGGGACGGCUCGCAGCUGAGUGUGCAGUUUGAGGUGCGGCGCGUGGAGCUCCAGGGCCCGGCCGCCCUCUUCUGCUGCUGGCUGGUGAAGGACCUGCGGCACAGCCGCCUGGACUCGGCCCUGCACACCCGCCUGCUGCUGGCCAGCCUGCCGAGCUCUGCCCACUCCACCUGCGAGCCGUCCGCCGCCAGCCUGGGGGAGGUGCUUGGAACCAAGCCCUGGUUUGAGGAGCCCCCCAAGGCCGUGGAGCCGGAGGGGCUGGCAGCCUGCGAGGGGGCGUACUCCCUUAAGUACAGCACGCUCAGCCCGAUCGGCAGCGGGGCCUUUGGCUUCGUGUGGACGGCGGUGGACAAGGAGGCGAAUAAGGAGGUGGUGGUGAAGUUCAUUAAGAAGGAGAAGGUUUUGGAGGACUGCUGGAUUGAGGACCCCAAGCUUGGGAAGGUCACUUUAGAGAUUGCCAUCCUGUGCAAGGUGGAGCACGCCAACAUCAUCAAGGUGCUGGACGUGUUUGAGAACCAGGGCUUCUUUCAGCUGGUAAUGGAGAAGCACGGCUCUGGCCUGGACCUGUUUGCAUUCAUCGACCACCAUCCCAGCCUCGACGAGCCCCUGGCGAGCUACAUCUUUCGACAGCUGGUGUCAGCGGUGGUGUACCUGCGCUCCCAGAGCAUCCUCCACCGGGACAUCAAGGACGAGAACAUUGUCAUUGCCGAGGACUUCUCCAUCAAGCUCAUUGACUUUGGCUCGGCCGCCUACCUGGAGCGGGGCAAGCUCUUCUAUACCUUCUGCGGGACGAUCGAGUACUGCGCGCCUGAGGUCCUCAUGGGGAACCCGUACCGGGGGCCAGAGCUGGAGAUGUGGUCCAUGGGGGUCACGCUGUACACGCUGAUCUUCGAGGAGAACCCCUUCUGUGAGCUGGAGGAGACCAUGGAGGCCGCAAUAAACCCCCCGUAUCUGGUCUCGGAAGCCUGUGCCCGAGCAGCGUACCACCUUGGAGAAGCUGGUGACAGACCCCUGGGUGACACAGCCCGUGAACCUGGCGGACUACACCUGGGAGGAGGUGUGUCGGCUAAACAAGUCAGGGUUCCUCUGGUGCCUUCUGCUCUUCAGAAUACCUCCAGAGGGAAGCCAAGGGUUUCAGAACGCUGUUGCGGGCAGGUGACGCGGCCUACCUCUCUUCCCCUUCAGAGAGCAGAGCUCUGUCCACCGUCGGUCUGGAGCUGGACGGCAGGAGCCCCAGUGCCGCGGCUCGGGCCCCAGAGCCCCACCGGCCCUCGUGCAGCAGGGCGGGACCCAGAGCGCCGGCUGACCCGGCUCCCUGCUGCUCUCCGGCACUCGGUUAGGGAGGCAUGGCUUUCUCAGGUGCCGUCCAUUCAGAGAGGAAGUGCUCAAGAAUUAGGCCUAGCUCAUUUUCUAAAAACUCAUCUGUUAGAACAAAAGCCAGUGAUGCUGUACUAUUCUAAGUUUACAAGAUAGACAUGGAAUUCAUUUUUUUUCAUGGCCUUGAAAAAACAUUCUAGUGUUUGAGUUUUGUACUAUUAAAGGGCUUUUCAUUUGUGAAUUUCCAAAAGGCAUAUGAGAGGUUUUCAUUUCUCUUUGUACUUUUGUAUACGUGCCUGAUUUCUGUUUCCUCUGAUUUGGCGUACGCUUGUCUGAUACGUGGAGUGUGGAGAACUGUUCGCCAAAUGACCAAACUGUUUCCUUAUUUCCUUGAACGUUUUCCAAAUUAAAGCAGUUUUAUUAGUAAACAAUUA